AUGCCGCUGCACCUUAAUGACGAUGAUAUUGUCUCUGUCCAUGGCGAGAUUCUUAAGCACCCGCGAUCCGAGUUCACCAUGCUCUCUUAUACUGUGCACGUGCUGGAACUCGCCGGGAUUAUGCGGGAGGUGAAUAACCUUGCGACCCCUGACAUGGCCCAGGGGCGCAAGCGUCUCAACCUGCAGUAUAAACACACCAUUGGACUCACGGCCAUGGGGCCCAUCGCCACUAUCCCGGUCCAGCGAUUUAUAUUACAUCAGCAACUGCAGAGUUUACUCCUCCACCUGCAUUGCUUUAAUCUUUUAACUCCCAUGGGCCGCUCGCUCACCACCAGCAACACCCAACUGUUCAAUGCGACUAUCGUGCUGCUUCUGCGUCUGCUGUUUCAUGCCCGGUCAGCAGAUGCCGAUCCGUCGAGUGCCCAGCUCAGUCGAUUAAUGACGCGAGAGUAG